UUUUAAAGUUCCGUAGUGAAGGGAAACGAUAACGCACGGGAAGAAAGGGAGAGCGAAAAAAGUGUUCAGACCGUUUAAAAUCAGAAUCAGAGUCGAGCGUGAAAGAGUGGAGAAGUGCAGCCAGAGUAUUUUUUGUAUUAUAUAAACCGUUUCUGGUUGAAUAUUUAAUACGGGUAGCUAAUAGCUUGCUAGCUGAACCUUAGCAGCGGCGAGCUAACGGACAACCAAACGACAAAGGAAACACAGCCAGCAAAGCUCAGAGUUUAAUAACCAGUUAUUUCCUUUUUUAACAACUUACCCGUUUUUGGGUUGGGGCCUUAAUUUUUUAUUUAGGACACAGAAGGUUAUUCGAGACGAUAAAAACGCCUGACCUGCUUGAAUACACGACAAAAAAUAUUUAAAAAAAACUUAAAAUGGCGGAGCCGGACAAAUUAAACAUCGACUCCAUAAUACAGCGCCUCUUGGAAGUUAAGGGCUCCCGGCCAGGUAAGAACGUUCAACUGACAGAGAACGAGAUCCGCGGCCUCUGUCUCAAGUCUCGGGAAAUCUUCCUCAGCCAGCCGAUCCUGCUGGAGCUCGAGGCACCGCUGAAGAUUUGCGGUGACGUCCAUGGUCAGUACUACGACUUGCUGCGGCUCUUUGAGUAUGGAGGCUUCCCUCCCGAGAGCAACUACCUGUUUCUGGGAGAUUAUGUGGACAGAGGGAAGCAGUCUCUGGAGACCAUCUGCCUCCUGCUGGCCUACAAGAUCAAAUACCCAGAAAACUUCUUCCUGCUCCGUGGCAACCACGAAUGCGCCUCCAUCAACCGCAUCUACGGCUUUUACGAUGAGUGUAAGAGACGGUAUAACAUUAAGCUGUGGAAGACUUUCACAGACUGCUUCAACUGCUUACCUGUGGCUGCCAUCGUAGACGAGAAGAUUUUCUGUUGCCAUGGAGGCCUCUCUCCAGACCUGCAGUCCAUGGAACAGGUGCGGCGUGUAAUGCGGCCCACAGAUGUGCCGGAUCAGGGCCUGCUGUGUGACCUGCUGUGGGCCGACCCAGACAAGGACGUCCUGGGCUGGGGCGAGAAUGACCGUGGAGUCUCCUUCACUUUCGGUGCUGAUGUGGUGGCCAAAUUUCUUCACAAGCACGACAUGGACCUCAUAUGCAGGGCACAUCAGGUGGUCGAGGAUGGCUAUGAGUUUUUUGCUAAGAGGCAGCUGGUCACCCUGUUCUCUGCUCCAAACUACUGUGGAGAGUUCGACAACGCUGGAGCCAUGAUGAGUGUGGACGAAACGCUCAUGUGCUCCUUCCAGAUCCUCAAGCCCGCCGAUAAGAAGCUGUAUUCGUAUGGAGGAGGAGGCGGAAUGGGCUCAGGGCGUCCAGUCACUCCGCCGCGCAAUUCAGCCAAGGGUGGAAAAGCCAAGAAAUAGCACCCGCUGGACCACCCCCAUUAACCCCACCCUUUUUAAAGGAAUACUCCAGUGCUUUUUCAAGUGAUCUGUAUCUGUAGCGUCUGUAGCAUACGGCCGAUUGCUAUGAACAGUUAUUUUUCCUGCUUGGAAAAGAACAGAAAUCCUAUAGACUCGAAACAUGCAAAGUAGAUGCCAAUGGACAGAGGCGACUACCCAUAGCUGUUAUUUUAAGUACAUUUCGAGUCAGCAGGUUUUCUGUCCUCUCCUGUGGUGUUUAACCGUGUGCAGCAGAUAAAGAUCAGUUUAAAAAAGCGCUGGAUUAUUCCUUUAACCCCCUUUCCCUCCAUCCCUACCCUACUCUCUACCUCCCUGCUUCUUUCCCCUCUGUCACCAAAAGGCAACAAAGCAAAACAGUACCCAGGGUUUAAAGUCCUUUCUCUCUUUCUCUUUUUGUUCCACAUUUCUUUGUUUUGUUUUUUUUCCUCUUUAAUGCAGUGCGAGUGCGUAUGCGUGUUAUUAAUGUGAAUGGACUGUGAGGUUUGUUAUACUGUGUGUUUUAUUUCCUUCUACCCAUCCUUUCCUCCUACCCGCUGGCCUGUCUUUCUGUCCAAAAGAGCCAUGCUAACGGCCCGAAGAGAGACAGGCAUACAAAGGGUCCAGAGAGAGGCUGUUGGUCACUUUUGAGGCCCUGGCCUUGUGCUGUUUUUAAUGCUGAACACGCAGCUGCACAUCCUCUUUUAGGUAGUCUGAUUGUGAACUGUAAACAAACUCAACGCAACACGCAUCCUUUCACCGGGAGAAAAGCCGAGACGUGCAGGCCGACGGCGUUGGCGGAUGUGCAGUUUAAAGGUGUAAAGAGGGAAAGAGCUCGCCACAGGUGCAUCGUUUUUCCAUUUAGAAAACCAGUGAUUUCAGAAACAAUCAUGUUGAAACUGUUUUUCUUUUUAUUUUGUAGAUGGAUCACAGGAAAAAAAGCUUUGAAACUUUCUUGCUUAUUUUGUUUCUUUUUUUUUAGUUUUUUGAAAGUCAAUUUAUCAAUAAAGAGAACUGUUUAUUUAAA